AUGUCAGAAGCAAAUGCAAGCUUUGUGAACAGGCAUGACUUUAUGCAGAACAUUGGAAUGGCACAAGGCAUCAUUGGAAUGGUUCUCAACACUCUAGCUUGGCUGGUCAUCCUGCACAAUAAAAGCCUCCAUAAUAUGACUAAUUACUUGCUGGCGUAUCUUGCUGUGGUUGAUACUCUUGCCUGUUUUAGUGUAUUCCUUUAUAAUACAAAAGACUUAUACACUCCUGGUUUGGUAGGACUGGACAUUUACUGUCGACUUAUUAACAGCAGAUUUCUAGAGUCAUUAGCGGUCUUGUCAUCAAGUUAUGGUCUGUGUCUGGUGACAUUUGAGCGCUAUAUCGGAAUAGUACACCCACUGCACUAUCCCAGAGUGAUGUCUGCAAAAAAAACAGCUUACCAAAUUUUUUUGGCAUGGAUUAUCUCAUUUCUCAUCUCCUGUCCGAACCUCUUUGUCCAACAAGCAAACACCAGAAAAGAUGCACUAUCCGCAUGCCACAUCAUCUUGGAGUUAUCUUUAUUAGAGGACUUGUCAACAUUAAUCAUGUUUCCCUUCAGUUACAUUAUACCAAUCGUCUUUAUGAGUUGGGCUUACUACAAGAUCCAAGCCACUCUCAAGAAAAGUGCUCGACAACUCCAACAACAGAAUGUACAAGGAGCAGCCCUUGAGCUUCUACAGGCCAGACAGAAUGUGAUCAGCAUGCUUAGGAUUGUCAUGGGUGCACUACUGGUUUUGUGGACACCGUUAAUAAUAUGGCUGAGUCUUUGCUUAUUUCAUCCAAAUUAUGAUUUGUGCCAAUCCAAAAGCGGUGAAUAUAUUUUGUUCCUUCUCAUUUUCUUGUACGACAUGAACUCGGUAAUCAAUCCUAUCAUUUAUGUGUUUAAAUACAAGAAGUUUCGCAAAGGUCUACAAGAAAUGUUUUAUAGUAGGUGCGCAAGACCUAACCUCAUUGGUGUUCAGAUUGCUGUGAAUGAAGAAAAUGCAUAG